AUUAUCUAUACGCUUGUUCGUCAUUUCAGAUUAUCGGAUCUUAAUUUGAAUAUGCUUCGUCGUGUUAGAUCUUGUUCAAAAGAAGCUGGAAUUUCCCAAUUUCGAUAUUUUGGGGGAAAUGAGUUCACUUUUAGUUUGUUUCGUCGUGUAGAUCGUUUGUCAUGUAGAUUUAUGCCGAAUUCUUGUUUCUUAUGUGUUAAUCACGAUCAAAAACAUUCUGCAACUGUCAUUGUUGUUGCGAUUACCGACUGCAGAUCUUGCAAUGGAAUUGGAAUCAGAUACAGAACACAACCACAACAUGAUAAUCGAUCACAAGAUUCCAACACAUAACAUGCAAAUUGAUCCAUCAAGAUCUCGUUUUCCAUGUUGCAUUGUAUGGACACCUCUUCCUGUUGUUUCAUGGCUUCUUCCUUUUGUUGGUCAUAUUGGUAUAGGCAGAGAAGAUGGAGUCAUUCUAGACUUUGCAGGACCUAACUUUGUGUGUGUAGAUAACUUCACUUUUGGAGCUGUCACUCGUUACAUCCAAAUAAGUAAAGAUAAGCAGUGCUCCAUAACAUCCCAUCCAGCCACCAUGUACAGAAGUGAAGAAGAAUACAAGCUAGUGGAGUCAGGAAGAAACCAACAUGAACAUACAUGGGAUGAUUUUUUAAGAAAAAGCACACAAGAAUAUCAACAUCACACAUACAAUAUCUUAACUUGUAAUUGUCACUCAUUUGUGGCUAACAAUUUGAACAGAUUGGAGUUUCAAGGUGGAGGGUGGAAUGUGGUGAAUGUGGCAAUAAUGAUUUUUAUGAAAGGAAAAUGGGUGAGUGUGAAAUCUAUGAUUCAAUCUUAUUUGCCAUUUGUGAUUAUAUUUUUUGUGGGGAUUAUUUUUGGAGGAGUUAGUUUUGUUUGGUUUUUGGGAUUGUUUGCAUUUGUUCUUGUUGGAUGGUAUCUUUUGGGUACUUAUUGUUUUAAGAAUUUGAUAAAGUUGUAGUAAGUUUUUUGGGUUAUGUUAUGUAUUGAUUUUGACUUUGAUAGUAAUCAUUCAAGACUCAUGUUUGUAUAAAGAAUGGUUUUUUUUAUGUGGUAGGAAUCAUGGAAGUUAUAUAUAUGUUGAUUUAGUUCCUAAA